AUGGAAGUAGGAAACAUCCUGCACAUGAAUACUGGCGAUGGUGAAUUAAGCUAUGCCAAAAACUCCUCACUUCAGGAAAAUGCGAUACAAAAAGCAUCACCAAUUCUAAAGCAAGUAAUCAAGGAUCUUGCUAAUGAUCAGCAGGAAGUUGAUGCCUUCAGAAUAAAGUGCUUCAAGAUAGCAGAACUAGGAUGCUCAUCUAGCCAAAACGCAUUGUUGGUUGUUUCUAACAUAAUUGAUACAGUCAUUGAGGUGUGUGAAGAAAGCAAGUGUAAGCCACCACAGUUUGAAGUAUGCUUAAAUGACCUCUUCGGAAAUGAUUUCAAUAGUCUUAUCAAAUUGUUACCGGAAUUUUAUGCAAAGCUUAAGAAGGAGAAGGGAGAAAACUAUCGUUCUUGUUUUGUUUCGGUUGUUCCUGGCUCUUUCUAUGGUAGGCUCUUUCCAAAUCAAAGUUUGCACCUUGUUCACUCCUCUUAUUCAAAUCAUUGGCUUUCUCAGGUACCAGAAGGCCUUGGAAACAAUACAUCAAAUAUAUACAUGUCCAAAACAAGUCCUCCAAAUGUGUUCCAAGCAUAUGGAAAUCAAUUUCUUACCGACUUCACUAGGUUUCUGCAAAUGCGUUCUCAAGAAAUAGUACGUGGCGGACGCAUGGUUUUAACAAUUGUUGGUCGGAGCCUUGCAGAUCCAACUAACGAUGAUAGUUGUUGUAUCUGGAAACUACUGGCACAAUCACUUAUGGACAUGGCUAAAGAGGGACUGGUUCAAGAAUCGGACAUUAACUCAUUCAAUGUCCCAAUUUACUAUCCAUGCCAGGGUGAAGUCAUGAAUAUUAUUCAACAUGAGGGCUCAUUUUCUGUUGAUCGUAACUUGAAUGUUUUUGAAGUCAAUUGGGAUCCACAUGACAAAGAUUAUACAACAAAUAUGAAUAAUGAUGGUUUUAAUAAUAGGGAACCCAACUACACAAGCGGAAAAAACAUAACAAAAGUGGUGAGAGCUAUUUCAGAGCCAUUGUUGACUUCUCAUUUUGGAAAUUCCAUAAAGAUUGAUGAGGUAUUUAAGAGGUAUGGGAAGCAUGUGUCUGAACAUCUAUCCAAAAAGAAAACAAGAUAUUUUAAUUUAGUCAUUUCAUUGAUCAAAAAAUGA